AUGUCUAAAGUGGGCGCCAACCGACACAGCCAGUUCCGCGGCAAAGCAACAGCGGCGGCUAAAACGCGCUACAAAGUCGUGCAUAUUGAUGAAAAUGGGAAUAGUAAUGGGGGAAAUGGUAAUGGGAAUGGCGAUGGCAAUGGUAGUGGUAAUUGUAAUGUUAAAGGCAAUGGUAAUGGUAAAGUUAAUGGUAAUGGUUUGUUAUGUUAUAGUUAUGUUUAUGGUAAUGGUAAUAGCAAUGUUAAUGAUAAUAGUAGUGGUAAGCAAAACCGUAAUGUUAAUGGUAAUAGAAAUCAUAGUGGCAAUGGGAAUAGUAAUGGUGGUAAUGCUAACAAUAAUGAUAAUGGUAAUGGUGAUGGCAAUAGGAAUAAUAAUAGUGCUUUACCAUGCUCUAUUGAUAUUCGACGGGACUUGCCCAUGUCCAACCAAUCCCAACCGCUGUAUCUGAAACCAAAGUCAUCCGAGUACUGGCAUCCAAACACCGAAGGUUAUCUUCAAGUGCCACACGGUCGUUGUAUUGAGCUCGUAUGCACCGGCCCUUUUGCCAACGUGACCGUUGAGAAUGGCACACAAAGUUUAAACUUAGAACCGCAUAUACGCACCAUCUGCCCACGCUGCUUGCGAGGCACCACUUUCCUGCUGAACGAUGGCCAAUAUGAGUUUCGCCAUUUUGUUUGCGCGCAGAAGGUGAAAUAUACCGUUGAGCGGACAACGCAGGGCUGUGCAAAUAAUACUGCCGAAACAUAUCGCAUCGGUUACAAUUUGACCGAUGGACGCUUUGUUCAAACCCUGCUCGCGUGUUACGAUAUCGCACAAAUACGUACACAUUACACAGAAUUCGUUCUUGAUUCUGCCAACGCGCGCUUUCAAACCGGUGUGAAGCGUUCGAGAUUCUCGAAGGUCGGUUACUUUAAAAUGGAUAUGAAUUACUUGUACUCGCAAAAAAAUCAACAUGCGCAAGCUGCAAAAGUGCACGGCAGCACGGAAAUAGCAAUGACAUAUUUCGAUUCGAAAUUAAAGUAUUUGUCACGUGGUCAUCUGACUGCUAAAGCGGAUAAAAUCUAUGCGACGGAGCAGCAAACCACAUUCAAUUUCUUCAACGUGGCGGCACAGUGGCAGCCAUUCAAUGGCGUCAGUUGGGCAAAGAUGGAGGACAAAAUGCGUCAAUAUUUAGCUGAGAAUCAGCGAACUGCGACUUGCUACAGUGGCACAUACGGCACAAUGCACUUUACGCGUGCAAGUGAUAAUAUGAGCGUGCCAUUUUUCCUGGCGCAGGAUGAGAAUAAUAAUGACGUGAUUGCAGUACCCCAGCAGUUCUACCGCAUCUGUACUGUUGGAAGCAACGUGGGCUUAGCUAUUUUAGGAGUUAAUAAUAUACAUGCAACUUUAGAUGAAAUAGUUAAGUAUUUACUGUGCGAUGAUGUAAGUGAGCAGGUGCCUUGGUUGAGUUGGAUAAAGAAUGAACAGCUUUUAGAGUAUGGCUAUUUAUAUGCAUGUCGGGUGUCCGAACUCGUAAAGAUGGUGCCGGAAUUGCCUGCUCAUUUGAGCGGGAUUACAGAGUUGUUAAUAUAGUAGGUUAAUAUGGUAGGUUAAGUGCAGCUCGUACACUUAGUAAUUUAAUAGGAAGUAUAAGAUCAGAGACUUAUUUUUUUGAGUAGCAAAUUGAAACUAGUACUAUUGUCUAAAUUAAUUUAUUAAUCGUAAU